GUGGCUUUGGGGCAUCCAGUCACGUCCACUCCUGGAAAGGUCGCGCGGUCCCUUCAUCUCGACACCCAUUCAUGCCCAGCUGCUUGACCACCUUUUGAACAGGACACCAGGACACCAGGGCCAUCUACAAAAGGGCGGCGAGAAACAGGACCGAUGACCAUGGCGACAGCAAUCCCUGAACUCGACUCUUAUACCGACUAUGACUCCUUCUUGGUCGACCAAUUUGAUCCCAAUACCCAUGCGAACUCAAUCAUCCAUCAGUCCGCCAAAGGAGAGCUCGAUAUCGCCACAUCGCUCUCUAGUCUUUCGUUCAGCAUCGACAGUCUCAACAAGCAGCUUCAUGAUCAGGUGACGACACAUUACAAUGACCUACUCAGCCAAGCAGCAGGAAUCCGGGAACUCGAGACCGUUCUCGAGACCGUCAAACUUGGACUGAGGACGCUCACCGCUUUCAUGGACCGACUAUCUUUCAAAAUCAAAACGCCAUUUGAACAAAUACAAACAUAUACUAUUCAACUGGAGCGCUUGCAAGUGACCUCGGAGGUAUUGCGGAGGGUAUUAAGAUUCUUAUACCUAAGCAAGCGGCUGGAGAUGCAGAUGCCAGGAGGUGAUUUAGAACUCACAAAGGCGGCGCUGACACUGAGCGAAGUCGAUGCACUGUUACAGGAAUCAGAUUUGGAGGGCAUCCACGUCGUGGACAAUGAGAUCAAGAACUUGGAAACUGUCAGAGGAAGGAUUGUCGAUUCUGCAGACCGCAUGCUUCAGGAGGGCAUGGACGCACAAAACCAAGCCCAAGUUGGAUCGGCCCUCCAGGUGUUUUAUUCACUCAAGAGACUAGACCUCAAGAUCGUGGCCAUGACCUCUUUAUUAUCCAAUCGACUGCACUCGCAGAUCAAGCAGGCGGUCGAUAUCCAGUCCUUACAGAAGGAAGCCAAAGGAAUGAGCAAUACUACAGGGUUUGUGGGAGGGGGCGUUCGACGUAACAAUGGAGAACCCAGUGUAGGAGCGGCAGCCUUGUGGACUUCAAUCCUCUGGAAACGCAUGGAGAAACUGAUGGAUGAAAUGUAUAAUGGAUGUAUCAAGAUUUACUUGCUAGAACGAGUGCUUGCACGAAAGAGGGAUCCGUUGACCCAGAUUUCUUUCCUCGAGAUUGCAUCCAACAGCAUGGAUGGAAACAUGGUUCACCGCUUCUGGCAGUCAUUAUCAGUGCAUCUCGAGCAAGAACUCAAAGCUGCAGCCAGAUCAUCACAAUUUCUGCACCAGGCCUUCAUUGACGGAUUCCCACGGUUGCUCAAUCUGCUGCAUGAAUUUUUUUCUCGCGUUUCGGUCCACAAUGCCAGUUCAGUUUCUGAGGAUGUUCAAAGUCCUGAAGUAGUCCUGAUGCUGCGAGCCAUCGCAUCCUUUGAAAGUGCCUACAAGACAAAGACUGCCCAGAGAAGCAGCCAUCGUUAACCUGUCAAGCCAACGGAACAAAUAAACGAUCGUAAAAGUGUACCAAGGCACUCAUGUUGGCAUCCAAGGUGCAGGAGCAAACAAUGCGCGAA